AUGAAUCAGACGUCGCGGACAGACGAUACUCUCCACCAUCCGGGCUGGAACCAGAAUCCCCCGCCCCUGAAUGCAGAUGAGACGACGAGGCAGGACUUAAAUGGAAUUGCCAACGCCAGGGAGCAGAGGGACCAUACUCCCCAGGCCACCUGUCCCGGAGAUGGCUCGUUGCAGUCUGAUAUCUUGCCAGUGCCCCAAGACCGCGACGAUCGGCCGGUCAGAAAAGGGUCAACCGGGCUGGUUCUGGCUGCAUCUGCAGCCGACCAGCCCGCUGACCGGAGCAAAGCGCUCACCGUCCGUUGUUCAGUUCCCUGGUUCCUUCGUCCACUCGUCAAAUUCGCCGCCUUCGUGGGACCGGGCUUUCUGAUUGCCGUCGCGUAUAUCGACCCGGGCAACUAUUCCACCGACGUCGCGGCCGGAGCACAGAGCAGAUAUGCUCUUCUCUUCGUGGUCUUCAUGUCCAAUGUCUUUGCUAUCUUUAUCCAGUCGUUGUGCAUCAAAUUGGGGAGUGUGACCGGCCUAAGUCUGGCGGAAAAUUGCAGACUCCAUUUCCCGAAAUGGCUGGUCAUCAUCCUCUACAUUUUUGCCGAAUCAGCCAUCGUCGCGACUGACAUUGCCGAAGUGAUUGGCUCUGCAAUUGCAUUGAAUCUUCUCCUGAAAAUCCCUCUGGUUGCUGGCUGUGUGAUCACCCUGGCGGAUGUGCUCUUCCUGCUGGCCUUCUACAGGCCCAAUGGAUCGAUGUGGGGGCUUCGCGCUUUUGAAUUCUUCGUCAUGGCCCUGGUCCUCGGUGUGGUGAUCUGCUUCUGCAUUCAGCUGUCUAUGCUCAGAGAUGAAUCUGUAGGAGAGGUGUUUCGGGGAUAUCUUCCGUCUGCUACAGUGGUCAAAGGCGACGGCCUUUAUCAAAGCUGUGGCAUUCUGGGUGCAACGGUGAUGCCCCAUUCUCUCUUUCUGGGAAGUGGUACGGUGCAGCCGCGUCUCAAAGAAUUCGAUGUCAAUCAAGGCUACUUCGACGACUCUGCAUCUCUUACCGACGACGCAGAGGAUUCGUCGUACCGCCCUUCUAUUCAUGCAAUUCGCGGCUGCCUGAAAUACUCAAUCAUCGAGCUCACGCUGUCGCUGUUUACAUUCGCGUUGUUUGUGAACAGUUCCAUCCUCAUUGUCGCGGCAGCUGAUCUGUAUGGCACGCCGGGAGCUGCAAAUGCCGAUUUGUUUGGGAUCUACAGUCUCCUGUCGACGUCGAUCGCACCGAUAGCGGGGACGAUAUUUGCCCUGGCGCUGCUCCUGUCCGGCCUCUCGGCGGGAAUCGUCUGCACGAUCGCCGGGCAGAUCGUCAGCGAGGGCAUGAUCCGGUGGACGCUGAAGCCCUGGGUCCGGCGCCUCCUCACUCGUUCCAUCAGCAUCAUCCCCAGCGUCAUCGUCGCUGGAGCCGUGGGCAGGGAGGGACUGAACACGGCCCUGACGGCAACACAGGUGGUCCUGAGUGUCAUUCUGCCAUUUGUCGUCGCACCCCUCGUCUACUUCACUUGCAGGAACCGAUACAUGACCGUGCAGGUGGACGCUCGCACGGCCCCUGAUGGCACCGUGGGAGAGGACGGCCCCCAGACCGAAACCGUCAAGAUGCGAAACAGCUGGCCUGUGGCCGUUUUGGCCGUGCUAGUUUGGCUUGUCAUCACCGUCCUGAACGUCGCUCUCCUGGUCUUGGUUGGUCUUGGAGAUGCUUGA